AUGUGGCUCUGUGUCUUUCUGCUCUACUCUGUGCUGCAGGAAUCUUCAGGCUGCACUGUAGAGCGAGGUUUGGGAGACACUAUCGUCAGAUCUGCUGGAGAUUCUGUGGAGCUGCCGUGCUCCUGCACACAACAAACAAAGGAAGAUCCUCAGACAGUUCAGUGGGGAUUUAAGAGAAAGUUCACACCAGGCGACUACAGAGCUGAUCACUCAGUGUUUCCAGAGGACGGCAGUCAGAAUCGGCGCUACAGAGGCAGAGUUCAGAUACUGAAUCAGAAUAAACCAGGAACUGUAGCUCUAAUCAUCUCCCACCUCACUGAGGAAGAUGAAGGCGUGUAUCUGUGUGGGAACAACGGGAGAUAUAACAGAGCCGUCACUCUGCAAGUCUCCACAGGCUGUGCUGUGCUGAGUGACAGUGAGAGAACGUUCUCCAGAUCUCCAGGAGAGUCUGUUCUGCUGCCCUGUCCCUGUCCCCCAGACCAACACAGGAUCAACCCUGACAGAGUCACAUGGACUAAAGAUCAGACUGCAGUGUCUAAUGAUACAGAAUCCUACAGAGGCAGAGUCUGGAUGUUCAACCAGAACCAUUCCAGAAAUUUCUCUCUCCUCAUCUCAGAUCUGACUAAAGAGGACUCUGGACUCUACACCUGCAGAGCUGAUGAGAAGGACGUGCCAUAUGUCCAGCUGGAGGUCACAGGCUGUGCUCUGUCAGAGAAUAAACAGACUGUUCCAGUCAGUAGAUCCUCAGGAGAGUCUGUUCUUCUGUCCUGCACCUGCACUGACCAGCAGGACAGACCUGUGAGAGUUCAGUGGAGAACACCAAACCAUGAAGAUCUCCUUCAGCGCUACAGCGGCCGAGUUCAGACGUUUGACCAGAGCUCUCCAGGAAAUCUCUCUGUACUGAUCUCAGACCUGACUGAAGAGGAUGGAGGAACAUAUUCAUGCUGGAUAAACCAGAAUCAGUACAGGAACUUCAGCCUCACUGUUAAAGAGUGGACACUGCUAAACCAGAGGGAGAGAGAGAUGAACAGCGGCGUUCUCUCAGUAAAGAUGUGGCUCUGUGUGUUUCUGCUCUACUCUGUGCUGCAGGAAUCUUCAGGCUGCACUGUAGAGCGAGGUUCUGGAGAGACCAUCACCAGAUCUGCUGGAGAUUCUGUGGAGCUGCCAUGUUCAUGCUCAGAACAAACAAAGGUUGAUCCUCAGACAUUUCAGUGGGGAUUUAAGAAAAAGAUCUUACUAGGCGACUACACAGCUGAUUACUCAGUGUUUCCAGAGGACAGCAGUCAGAAUCCGCGCUACAGAGGCAGAGUUCAGAUACUGAAUAAACCAGGAACUGUAGCUCUAAUCAUCUCCCACCUCACUGAGGAAGAUGAAGGCAUGUAUCUGUGCAGGAACAAUGGGAAAUAUAACAGAGCCGUCAUUCUCCAAGUCUUCACAGGCUGUGCUGUGCUGAGUGACAGUGAGAGAACGUUCUCCAGAUCUCCAGGAGAGUCUGUUCUGCUGCCCUGUCCCUGUCCCCCAGACCAACACAGGAUCAACCCUGACAGAGUCACAUGGACUAAAGAUCAGACUGCAGUGUCUAAUGAUACAGAAUCCUACAGAGGCAGAGUCUGGAUGUUCAACCAGAACCAUUCCAGAAAUUUCUCUCUCCUCAUCUCAGAUCUGACUAAAGAGGACUCUGGACUCUACACCUGCAGAGCUGAUGAGAAGGACAUGCCAUAUGUCCAGCUGGAGGUCACAGGCUGCACUCUGUCAGAGAAUAAACAGACUGUUCCAGUCAGUAGAUCCUCAGGAGAGUCUGUUCUUCUGUCCUGCACCUGCACUGACCUGCAGGACAGACCUGUGGGAGUUCAGUGGAGAACACCAAACCAGGAAGAUCUCCUUCAGCGCUACAGCGGCCGAGUCCAGACGUUUAACCAGAACUCUAGAGGAAAUUUCUCUGUACUGAUCUCAGACCUGACUGAAGAGGAUGGAGGAACAUAUUCAUGCUGGAUAAACCAGAAUCAGUACAGGAACUUCAGCCUCACUGUUAAAGGCUGCACACUGUCAGAGACUCAGGAGAAACUGGUUUUCAGAUCUCCAGGACAGUCUGUUCUCCUGCCCUGCUCCUGCACUGACCAACGCACAAAACCUGUAAGUGUGAAAUGGGAGCAUGUAGGCUCAUGUGGGACUGAGGUAUCCAAUGAGACGCCACGAUACACAGGCAGAGUCCAGAUGUUUAAUAAGAACCUUCCAGCAAAUCUCUCUCUACUGAUCUCCAACCUGACUGAACAAGACCAGGGAACAUACAGAUGUUCAAUCAACAACAAAGAGUCCAUCAACAUCAAACUCAGCAUUACAGCAGAGAAGAGAGAAAUCUCAGAUUCCUCAGGUUCGCUCAUCCCUUGGAGUGUCUGUGUGGCUCUGCUGUUUAUAGUGACAGCACUGAUCUACAAACUGCUCCACAAUAGGACACAAGGGUCUGCCUCUACCAACACUGAGAGAGGAACACAGAACAUAGUUGAUGAUGAUUAUGAAAAUGAUCCUUCUGGAGCCCGGAACAAGAUCAGGAUGGCUGCAGUCUACCAGAGCCUGGACCCAAACACCAACCAAUCAGAUUCAGUCUACCAGGGCCUAAACCCAAACACCAACCAAUCAGAUUCAGUUUACCAGAGCCUAAACCCAAACACCAGCCAAUCAGAUUCAGUUUACCAGAGCCUAAACCCAAACACCAACCAAUCAGAUUCAGUUUACCAGAGCCUAAACCCCAACACCAUCCAAUCAGAUUAAGUUUAUCAGAGCCUAAACCCAAACACCAACCAAUCAGAUUCAGUUUACCAGAGCCUAAACCCCAACACCAUCCAAUCAGAUUAAGUUUAUCAGAGCCUAAACCCAAACACCAACCAAUCAGAUUCAGUUUACCAGAGCCUAAACCCAAACACCAUCCAAUCAGAUUAAGUUUAUCAGAGCCUAAACCCAAACAUCAACCAAUCAGAUUCAGUCUACCAGAGCCUAAACCUCAACACCAUCCAAUCAGAUUAAGUUUAUCAGAG